AAAGCGACACACUGAAACACAGUAAUGUAAAAGAUACAGACAGUGCUUCCGAGCUGGGUUUGCCGUUUUCGUUAAAACAAGAACAAGAACGAACAGCUGCAAGUGCUGAAUGGACAGCUCCCGUAGCUGUGGAACUGAGCGCAAUGACGGGCGCAUUUAAAGGAGGAGGCAAAGAUGCCAAGCAAAAAGAAAUAUGCUUUAAAUCAACGACAGACUGUGUUAUAAGACGUAACGUGCCGUGUCAAUACCUGUCAGAAAGACAUUUUGAAAACGCAAAGGAACAACAGCAUACUUGCAGAAUCUUCCUUUGAUACGUAAUCGUGUUUCACCGUGUUUUUAACGUCCACUGUAGAUAUUUGCAAAUCAAAAAGAUACACAAGAAGUUGUCUGGAAAUGUUUGAUAAAACAAUUAGAUAAUAUUAUUAAUAUAUAAUCUAUAGAGAUCCCGUGGUGUAUCUCCCACAGUAAACCCAAAUAUAUAUUUUUUCAGCUCAGUUGGUGAAUGUGGCUAGGGUGUGCCCGUAAUAUUUUUCUGGAGCAAAAAAAAAAAAGAGUGAGUUUUAUGUUGCAAAGGGGGUGGGGGUGGGGUACGGUGUGGAUGUGAUCACUUUCAAGCACCGACAUUGACAGCACCCCAAGGAGGAAAGAAAACAUAAGGUGACUGAUCAAACGUGAGCUGAGAUGUCAUUCUGUUUGACUUCACCUGCGUGGAUGAGAAAGCAGAGAAGAAAGGGAAUGGACUGAGACUCGGCACAACAACGCAGCACGCUCGCAAAACCCUGCUGUCUGAGAUCAUUUGCACAGAGUGGAAACGUAGGGAUACUGAAACAGAGCGAGACCCCUUUUUUUGUUUCAUCUGGCAAAAAAAGCAUGCAGUUAUUGUUUGAAAGCAAACGAAAAUGACACUGGAGAGCUGGGUUAUACAUGUUGUUUAUUGUACUCCUUGCAACAUGUAGAAGGGGUUACUGCAUUUGGUCAGCCGAAAAAAGAAGCUAGACAAAAAAAGCUUCCAUCUCCACUUUUUUACCGAGUCAUGUCUUAUCCGAUGAGAUGGGCAAGAUCGACGACAACGAGAGGAUAAUCCUCAAUGUUGGGGGCACCAGGCACGAAACCUACCGCAACACGCUGAAGACCUUGCCGGGGACACGGCUGGCUCUGCUUGCUUCUGAGUCUGACACAGAGUCUGGAGUUGAUCAGCGGCAACAAGUCGCGGGUUACAUCGAGUUCAAUCCCAAGAACAAUAGAUACUUUUUCGAUCGCCACCCGGGCGUUUUCGCCUAUGUGCUGAACUACUACCGCACCGGGAAACUCCACUGCCCCGCUGAUGUCUGCGGCCCCCUGUUCGAGGAAGAGCUGGCUUUCUGGGGAAUAGAUGAGACCGAUGUGGAGCCCUGCUGCUGGAUGACUUACCGGCAGCACAGGGAUGCAGAAGAGGCGCUCGACAUUUUUGAGAUCAGCGGGGAUCCGGGAGACGGGGAGGACGAAGAUAUAAGCAAGAGGCUAGGCAUUGAGGACGUGGCGUCACCUGAAUGCAAAGUCAGCCGCUGGAAAAAGUGGCAACCGGUGGUGUGGGCUUUGUUUGAGGACCCCUAUUCUUCCAGAUCAGCAAGGUUUAUCGCCUUUGCCUCCUUGUUUUUCAUCCUCGCCUCAAUCACCACCUUUUGUCUGGAGACCCACGAGGCUUUUAAUACUAUUAUAAACAAAACCGAAUUGAUAAGGAACGACAGCCUUUCUGAUCAAAAUGUACAGUACGAGAUUGUAACGGACCCCGCUCUGACUUAUGUAGAAGGCAUCUGCGUACUGUGGUUUACUCUUGAGUUUCUGGUGCGUGUCGCAUUCUGUCCUGACAAGCUUGAAUUUGUUAAAAACCUCUUGAACAUUAUUGACUGCGUGGCAAUCUUACCAUUUUACCUGGAAAUGGCUCUGAGUGGACUUUCAUCCAAAGCUGCUAAAGACGCUCUUGGCUUCCUGAGGGUUGUUAGGUUCGUCAGGAUUCUACGAAUCUUUAAACUAACCCGUCAUUUUGUAGGACUACGAGUGCUUGGGCACACCCUGAAAGCUAGCACCAAUGAAUUUUUGUUGCUUAUCAUAUUUUUAGCUCUGGGAGUGUUAAUAUUUGCCACCAUGAUCUAUUAUGCUGAAAGAUUAGGAGCAAGUCCCAAUGACCCAACUGCCAGCGACCACACACAGUUCAAAAAUAUUCCUAUCGGAUUCUGGUGGGCGGUUGUCACCAUGACCACACUUGGGUAUGGCGACAUGUAUCCUCAGACUUGGUCGGGCAUGUUGGUGGGCGCUCUGUGUGCGUUGUCGGGGGUGCUCACAAUAGCCAUGCCUGUGCCCGUCAUCGUCAAUAACUUUGGAAUGUACUACUCACUAGCCAUGGCCAAGCAGAAGCUUCCACGAAAGAGAAAGAAGUACAUACCUCAAGCUCCUCAAGGUGGCUCCCCUACGCUCUGCAAGACUGACCUGAACAUGCCUUGCAAUAGCACCCUCAGUGACGCUUGUCAUGCCAGGGAGAACAGGAUGAUGGAACACAACAGAUCAGGUGAAGCCAGUGGAGGAAGUGACCUGCCUUUGUCACCUGACGAAAGGCUCUCAAUCAGACGGUCUAGCACCAGAGACGACAACAGAAGAGGGGGAACAUGUUUCUUACUGACAACAAGCGAGUACACGUGUUCUACAGGUGGAGGGAUCAGGAAAGGAUAUGAAAAAUCCAGAAGCUUAAACAACAUAGCUGGCUUGGCUAACAAUGCUCUGAGGCUGUCUCCAGUAACUUCACCGUACAGCUCACCCUGUCCUUUGAGACGAUCUCGAUCUCCCAUUCCAUCAGUCUUGUAAAAUGAGGCUGCAGCAGUGGGUCCAGUAGAAUCAAAUUCCAAGCAUUGUAACUGCAUAAAAGAAGUCAUUACAUGUAGUAUUAAACCUAGCCACAAGUACAGUAGUUCAACUUACAUUGUGCAUGAGGUCAACUGUAAAUAGUAGGCAAGAAGUAUUUUGUUAACAGAAGAUCCCUAAUGUGUAUCUUUGACUUUUAACAUUAUUAAACAUUGUGUAUCUCCUUUUUAAACUAAUUGUCCUGCAUUACUUCUAGCAAUAAAAGGACAUUUAGUGAAUCUCUUUGGCCAGUAUGCUGAAUAACACAUGUAUUUUAUUAGGGAGAAUAUAUACAUAUAUAAAAACAAAGAAAAUAUGGGCUUCCAAAUGAUAUAACUUUUUUCGACCUCUUCAUUUCUGUGACUUUUAUCCAUUCUGAAGAUGUAUGGACCCCUGUCUUGAUCACACACUCACACACAUACACACUUCAAAAAUAUGACUUUUUUUGCAUGGAUCAUCCUGUCUCAUCGUUUGAAAGCAAUGUUGCUAAAUUUGCUGGGACGCAGAUGGCACUGACUAUGUGUGUGCACCUUGUACCAUUCGCUGACACAAAAGCAUCAGCCAACUUGUUUCUGCAUGUGCCAAUAUAUUGUGCUGGUUGCUGCCUGGUAUGCUGUACAAACUGGAGUUUCGACUAGCAGGCUCCCAAACUGAGUGUCUUCGAUUGUUUAUACACGCAGAUAACUGCAAAGAGGUUGUCAUUACUGGGUACAUGCAAGCAGAGACCAGCUCUCUUUCUUAAUGGCUUUGGGAAGACACAAGCGUGACAGAAAGGUAACACUGACAUAACGGCUGGCAUUUUAUAAAAAACGAAAUGUUUCAACAAUUCAACACUUACCUGAAAACAACCUUAAAAAAAAACAAGUAUUAUCUCCUUGCGGUGCAUGUUUUACAUUGUUCACCAGCCAUAUAGAAUAUAUAAACAUAGAAUAUACAUAAUUAAAUGUGGCCAUACUUAAAUUGCUGAAAUACCCCUUUUGUUAUGGAGAAGAUUUACAUUUUAAGUAAAAAAAAAC